CCAAUAUAUCAGUUUAGAAUUUGCAUUGUUAAAAUUAGAUGGCCGCCAUUUUCUACAAAUGCAACUCUCCAACUAUUAUUCAGCGAAAACGGUUGAUCUCUUUUGCUCUUACGUAACGCGGGCAAGUAAAUGUCAAAAAGGCGCCAUUUUUACAGUUCAAUGUUAUCUCGUUAUGUCCCUUUCACGCACGCCAAGUUCGUAAAGUGAAAUUAGUGUUGUGAAAAUAUCGUUGUGACUGCGUUUCUUUACAUCGAAAUGUCAUAUAGCGUUGUUGGUUAACUAAUACUACCAAUUUAAGAAGAAAUAUAUAAUAUUUGGAGUUGUGCCCUUACGUUUCUGUAAAAAUAAACUACAAAUUAAUUAGAUAUAUAGUUGAGUGAAAAAUCGCAGAAACUUACGUUACCACUUGGACGCGGUAGCGUAUCGUGUUCGUUCAUUUAGAGUGUGCAGUAAAAGUCAACAUUUUCUCCUAUUGGAACUUUGUGUUCUCAGUAAUUAAUAAUUUGGUCUUCGCUUUAUAUUAAUGAACAGUUACCAUAAUUGUUUUUUUGCAUUUGAUAUAUAUAUCUGGACAAUUGGCAGCUAAGAAUAAAAAAAACUACAUGUGAAAUAAGGAUGCGCGUUGAUAAAAAAGCUCACGUCGUAGAGGCGAAGAAAACGCGUUCUUGUGUCGUUCGGUUGGAAAAAGUUUCAUCACCUCCAUUAAAAUUAACUAGAAGUAGUGGUGUAAUCCCUCGUGGAAACGCUCAACAACACUCUGACGAAAAAAAAUUCAAGGGACCACUUAAGAAGCGACCUAUUGCAGAAGAAAAAACCACAUCAAAUUCGCCAAGUGUUUCUACUCCAAGUUUAACACAAAAUUUAGGCAAAGCCAAAGAAAUGAAAGACAAAUUUAAAACUCCUUUGAAAGGUCAUAAGACCACAACACCAAAACCCGUUGUUCCCGAACUUCCUCCACCUACAAUAGCAGCGGGCCGUUCAAGGAGAGCAAUAAAACCAAAUCCGAAAUAUGCAAGUGAGGAUAUGGUUACACCAAAGAUCAUCAGAAAUGUGUCAGCGCUUGCAGGAACAUCAGUAAAAAGGCCAACAAUUGUUCCAGAGAAACAACGGAAAAAAUCCACAAGUAGUUCGGAUGAUUUUUUCAAUAAAGAUUCCAGCGACGAAUUGGGUGCCAACGAUUUCGAUGAUGAGGAAGUAGAUAAGCUGUACAAAGAAAUAGAAAAAGAAAGUGAUUCCGAUUUCUCAGACGAACCUAAAGUUGUCGAAACACCUGUAAAAAAGCGGGGGCGACCUCGAAAAAAUAUACAACCAACCCCUACAAGUACUCCUGCAACUCCUCGGCCUACGUCUGCAUCUGUAUUUAAACCACAUUCAUCACAACUUCAAUUAUUACGAAAGACAUAUGCAGCAAGUGUAAAUAGGUCAAUUGAAACUUCGAUUGGGAUUAAGCGUAAGCACAAUGAAUCUAUGACUGCAGGUAGUAGCAGUGAUAAUGAUAAUGAAUCUACUGGUAUUGCUCGAAAGCGUAUAUUGUUAACAAAAUCGUUAAUGGUUCGAGAGAGUAAAACUCCGAGUUCCAAUGACCUAAGUAUGAUAGUAAGGAAGGGUAAUCAAACACUCAAUGGAAACAAAAUUGUGAAAAUAAAAAGUGAUGCAUUGGAAAAUGAACAAGUCAAACGCAAUUCUACAAUUAUAGAAAAACGUACACUUAUUGAUGGUGAUAAUGUACCAAUUAAAUUGCAGCAAAGUAAAUAUCUACAAAAUAUGCGUAAUGUCAAUAAUAGUACUGCUUUAACACCAUCAACAACACGUACUUUAAUAACAUCAAAUAGCAAGACACAAAAUGCAAGAAUAAUGGCAGUGGAAAAGCGUCGCAGUGCUUCACCUGCUCCUCCAAAAAUUACAAAAUCCCCUAAGGAAGAGAAAACUGAAGAAAGUGGUGAAAACAAACUGACGGAUUCACCUCCUUCGAAUAAUGAUGAUUUUGAAACUAUGCCAACUUUUACCAUUGUCAACAUCAAUGACAUAAUUAACAAAAAAGGUGAUGUGCUAAUAUCAAAGGCUGGUAAACCACAAAAACCUGAAGAAAGUGUAAAUCCAGAGAAAGAGACACCGGAACCAGUUAAAGUAAAUGAAUAUAAACUUGGUCCUGGACGCCGUAAAGGUUUGCUUGCCGAAAAAACCAGCGAUCCCAAUCGUUCGAAAAGUCCAUUGACCACAACAAAAAAACCCACGCAGAAAAUUCUCAAUCAUACAUUACUUAAAAGAACAUCGUCGGCAAAUACUUCCGGUCUACGCAAUAAAGCUACAUCAGAUAGACCAGCUCCACGUAUACUCAAUUCUAUGGUAGCGAAGAAAACUCAACCGGUUAAGCCGAUGAUAGCAAAUUUCGAGGAUUCGGCAGACGACGAAAUUUAUCCGCUUUCUCUAGAUGGCGACGAGGAAGAUGAUGAUGAUGAUGAUGAUGAUGAGGAGGAAGAUGCAAAUGAGACUGCGGACCCAGAUGAGGAUUUCGAUGAUCCAGAUGAAUCAUUUGAGGUUGGUAAAAAUAAACUUCCUGCCAGCACACCGUACCAACAAAAGAAAACUGCGUCGUCGUUGAAGGAAAACUCACAAACAGCCCUGAAUCGACAACCGGCUAAAAAUAUUGUGCAACGUAAAAUCUCACCGGAAAAAGUUGUGAUCUCUCGUCAAGGUGAUAAAAUAAUUAAGAAAAUUACUUGUUUUGAAACAUGGUAUGUCAUCAUACCCGAAGAAGUGACGCCGAAAGUCGCGAGAAAUAUACUGGAAAUACCUCUUAUUAAGCUAGCCAACGUGGCUGCUCGGAUUAACUUACCAUCAGAGGAUUGGAAGAGUAAAGUGACGUUACACGAAUUGUCACCAUCAAUGGUAGCGAAAACAAACAUGAUCACAUAUACUGGCGAUCUAAAAGAGUACAAUAUCUCGGAAAGCGAUCGUGGCCGAUACCAGCCUUCGUGCGUAAUGUUUCGACGCUCAGUUAAUGAUCGUACGAAAUCGCGACUUCCUUACGAUAGAGCUGUCAUAUUCAAAAACAAAACAUUCUUUACAAAUAUCGAGGGCAAAAAUGUCAAAAUGGUUGGAGCACCCAGCACAAUCAAUACACACAAAGAUGUCGAAAUAUUGCUUCAGAUUGUGGACACGUUAACACUGCAAAGCUCGCUCGUUGAGCCGACAAAUACAAUGCAAUAGGCAAUGUUGCCAAACAUUUAUGGCACAAACAAAAAAUCAUUGCAACUAUUUUUAUGUACGCCCAGGACCACAUUAUAACUACUUUAGUUCGAUAUAAAUAUUUUUUUAAAUUUAAGUUAUAAACCAAAAUAGCUUAAAUUGCAAAUCUCGAUAAGAAUUUUCAAAUUGAUUAAUCGAAAAACUGUAAUUGAAUUACUUAGGCAUGUAAUAUUAAACAAUCACUUGAGUGCACAGUUUUUAUUUAUAUCGUUGCAAAAUCAUUGUACAUUGUAAUACCUUCUUAAGCGGAUAUCAGAAUAACAUUUAAUUGCAUACAACGGUUAAACUCCUAAUAUAGGGAACAAAUUCAAAUAAUUUGCAACGGUAUAUAUUAUAUAGUAUAUGAAUUUGUGUAUGUACAAACUAUAACUUGCAUAGGAUUAUAGUAAAGUCUGGAUCCAUAUUUAUAAAAACUUAUUAAAAAGUUCGUUGAACUUUUUAAUUACAAAACACUAGUGCGUAGGUGUUGAAAAUCAAAUACUUCACAAUGAACUUGACUUAUUUCAUUUAAAAAGAAUUUUUUUGCCAAGAAGAAAGAAGUUAAAAUAUAACGAUGUAUACAUAGAUAUAUGUAGCUAUUACAUAUAUUACAUAGUACAUUUGUAAAGUCUUUCAGUAGUAGUAAAAAAAGAAAAAAAAAGAAAACAUCUCACAUUUGUUAACAUAAUUAUGAUUAUUUUUAGUCACGUAACGAUUAAGUAUUUUAUUAUAGCCAUUAGUAGCCAACUUAAAUCUAAUUUAUAAAUUUCUACACGGAAAAAAUCAAGCGGUUGGUAUAAUAAACCAAUUUUUUAUGUUUAUAUAAAAGUUUUACUUUGAUGCCUAUAAAUCGCUUGGUAGAGAGAAGAAGAGGGAGGUGAAGUAUGAAGUGUUUGUUUUUUUAACUACUGCUGAACUUGUUUUAAUUCAUUAACAACGCGAAUUUUUCGAAAAGGCCAUACCUAUUGCACAAUAUGUAUUUGUUUAAAUUGGAAAUAUCAAUUUGUAAAAAUUUUAGAUAUAUGGUACAUGUAUCAAAAUCGGUAUAUCUGAAGUGGUUCGCGACCCCUUAAAGGACCAGUUUUGUUUUUCUUUCAUCUAUUAAAUACCCAUAAUAUGUAAUCGCUUUACUUUGCUAAUAAAGAAUAUCUGAGUAAAAACA